AUGUUGAUUGGCCCCUUUCUCAUUGUAUUUAAACAAAGUUUUUUUUUUUUUAGUGCUGUCAAAGCUUCCGUGUCUUCUUAUGACUAUUGCCUUAGAAACUUAUUAUCCAGCCACUAUCAGUGCCAGCAACACACCUGCUUUUACAGACUUAGCCAACUGGCGUUUAAAAGUAGUAGAAGGUGCUCAAACUUGGCAUUACUUGGAAACAGAUGAGGAACGUAAAGCUUGGCCUCAAACUGUUUGGGACAAGUACCAUUUAGGUCUUCCUGUGAACUUGCCUGAACUUCCUAAAGCCAAUACACCUCUUGAAACAGCACGUAAUGGAUUUGAGUUUUAUCGUCAGUUACAGACAGAAGAUGGUCAUUGGGGUGGUGAAUAUGGUGGUCCUAUGUUUUUAAUUCCAGGUCUAUUGAUUGCUCACUAUGUCACAAAUACACCUAUACCUGAACCCAUGCGUCUUGAACUGAUUCGCUACUUGUUAAACAGAGCGCAUCAUGAAGACGGUGGUUGGGGUAUCCAUAUUGAAGGAGUUUCUACUGUUUUUGGUACUGCUCUCAACUAUGUUGCUCUUCGUAUCCUUGGUCUUGGUCCAGACCAUCCUGCUCUUGUGAAGGCACGUAACUACCUUCAUUCCUUAGGCGGUGCAUGUGGUAUUCCUGCUUGGGGUAAAUUUUGGCUUGCUACAUUAGGUGUGUAUGAUUGGAAGGGUGUGAACCCCAUUCCCCCUGAAUUAUGGACAUUACCUCAAUCACUUCCUAUCUGUCCAGGUAAUUGGUGGUGUCAUACGCGCCUUGUCUAUCUUCCUAUGGGCUAUAUCUAUGCUCGUCGUAUCAGUGCACCCCUUACUACUUUUAUUCAAUCCCUUCGAGAGGAACUCUACACUGAACCCUACGAUACCAUUCACUGGGACAAACAAAGAAACAAUAUCUGCUCUGUGGAUCUCUAUACCCCUCAUUCUAAAAUUAUGGAUGUCCUUAAUUAUGCCAUGACUUACCAUGAAUCUGUGGCCUCCAAGUUCAGUUGGCUGAGAGACUAUGCGCUCAAAUUGACAGUAGAGCAGAUCAAAAUGGAAGAUGAAAAUUCGUUUUAUUUGGAUAUUGGACCUGUCAAUAAGGCCAUGAAUUGGAUUGUUGUGCAUGAUCAUUAUGGCAAAGAUGCCUAUGAAUUUAAGCAACAUGUAGAGCGUAAUGCUGAUUUUAUGUGGAUGGGGCCUGAAGGUAUGAUGAUGUGUGGUACGAAUGGCAGUCAACUUUGGGAUGCUGCUUUUAUUGCACAAGCUUGUGUGGAAGCUAAAUUGGCGGAUCACCUUGAAUACCGUGAAAAUAUGGUCAAGACACUUGAGUUUAUUGAACUCACUCAGAUUCGUCGUGACCCACCCAAUUGGAAAGAAAGUUAUCGUCAAGUCUCAAAGGGUGCUUGGCCAUUCAGUACCAGAGAUCAAGGCUACACUGUCUCCGACUGUACUGCUGAAGGUAUCAAAGCCACUAUCGCCUUACAAUCCACACCUGGCUUGCCUACUUUGAUUGAUGUCUCUCGUCUUCGUGAAGCGGUUGAUGUCUUAUUAACCAUGCAAAAUUCAGAUGAUGGCUUUGCUACAUAUGAAAAGAUUCGUGGUCCUCAUCUGUUAGAACUCUUGAAUCCUGCUGAAGUGUUUGGCAAUAUCAUGACAGAGUACAGUUAUCCUGAAUGUACUACAGCUGUCUUGAUGGGCUUGCGUAGUUUUAUCAAAAUCGACCCUGAUUACCGUCGUGCUGAAAUUGAUGAAACCUGUCGUCGCUGCUUAAGAUACAUCAAGCGAGUGCAAAAUCCUGAUGGCUCAUGGUAUGGUUCUUGGGCUAUUUGUUAUACAUAUGCAGCCAUGUUUGCAUUGCAGAGUUUAGCUAGUGUGAAUGAAUAUUAUGAGACAUCAGAUCAUGCUAAGCGUGGCUGUGACUUUUUGAUUCAACAUCAAGAACAAGACGGAGGUUGGGGUGAGACUUACAAGUCGUGUGAGACACACACCUAUUGUCAUCAUGAGAAAUCUCAAGUGGUAAAUACUGCUUUUGCUGUCAUGGCUCUCUUAGAAGCCAAGUAUCCUCACAAAGAACCCAUUCGUCGUGGUAUUGAACUUAUUAUGAAGCGUCAACAAGCCAAUGGUGAAUGGUUACAAGAAGGCAUUGAAGGUGUCUUUAACAAGAACUGUAUGAUUUCUUAUCCCAAUUACAAAUUUGCUUUUACUAUUUGGGCACUUGGCAAAUAUGCAGAUGUCUAUGGUGACAGUAUUUAAGUUUUAUUUAUCU